AUGGGGGUGUUUCUCGCCACGCCAAAAGCAGCCGAGAUAACGCAGUACACGAAUGCUGAAGUCCUAGGUAAGGACUUAGUAGCGGAAUUUAUUUCAGAAGAGUACAAGAUACCCGUACGUAGCGUAUUAGAAAAGGCAUUUGGAGAUGUGGAGACUGCAAAUUUCGAGUUUCCAUUGAUUACGAAGGCUGGACGUCGUGUUGAGAUUUUGUUAAACGCCACUCCGAGAUACAAUGAGCAGGGCAAGGUUAUGGGCAUGGUAGGAAUCGGCCAGGAUAUCACCGUGAGGAUGGCGCAGGAGAAAGAAAAGAACCGAAUGAUCCAUUCAGCCAAUGCUCCAAUAUUUGGAGUAGACCGUGACGGUCUUGUGAACAUUUGGAAUCUCAAGGUUGCGGAGAUUACGCAAUUUUCGUCGGAUGAAGUGAUGGGACACGACCUGGUCAAGUGUUUUGUUGCUGAAGAUUAUCGCGACGAGGUAAGUCUUAACUUGCGAAAGGCUCUUGACGGGCAACCUACUGGCAACUUUGACUUUCCUCUCAUCACGAAAGCCGGAAGAAGAGUUGAAAUUUUACUCAAUGCGACGCCUCGGUACGAUGAAGUUGGGCAGAUAUUUGGUGUGACUGGUAUCGGUCAAGAUAUUACGGAGCGCAUUGCCCAGGAACAGGAGUAUAUUCGUUUGAUCGAUACAGCCAAUGCUCCUAUUUUUGGAGUUGAUUCAGAAGGGCGGGUCAAUAUCUGGAACAAGAAGGCUGCAGAGAUUAUGCAGUAUACAACAGAUGCUGUGAUGGGCGAAAAAUUGGUGGAAAAGUACAUCACAAAGGAUUACCAAGAGGCUGUGAAUAAUGUAUUGUCUGAGGCACUAAACGGCGUUGAGACGGCAAAUUUUGAGUUCCCUCUUAUAACGAAGGCUGGUCGUCGAGUGGAAAUUUUGCUGAACGCCACGCCACGUUACAAUGAGCACGGCGCUGUCAUCGGCAUGAUCGGUAUCGGCCAAGAUAUCACUGAUCGCACUGCUCAAGAGCAAGAAUACAUGCGUCUGAUCGAUACAGCAAAUGCUCCAAUCUUUGGCGUAGAUAUAAAUGGUCGCGUUAAUAUCUGGAAUCGAAAGGCUGCUGAUAUCAUGCAGUAUUCAAAUGAGGAUGUGCUGGGCAAGGAUUUGGUUGCUGAAUUUAUUUCGAAAGAAUACAAAAUACCCGUACGCAGCGUUCUUGAGAAGGCUUUUGAGGGCUUCGAGACUGCAAAUUUUGAGUUUCCACUUAUUACGAAGGCUGGUCGUCGUGUGGAAAUUCUUUUAAAUGCUACUCCUCGAUAUAAUGAGCGAAAGGAGGUCAUGGGUAUGGUCGGUAUUGGUCAGGAUAUCACGGAGCGUAUUGCUCAAGAGCAGGAGCAUAGUCGCAUGAUUGAUACGGCUAAUGCUCCAAUAUUCGGCGUUGAUACCGAUGGUCGAGUCAAUAUCUGGAAUCGGAAGGCUGCACACAUUAUGCAGUAUACUAACGAGGAUGUCCUUGGCAAAAAAUUGGUUGAGCAAUUUAUUUCUGAAGAGUACCGAGUCGCUGUCAGGAGUGUUUUGGAGAAAGCUUUCGAAGGAAUUGAGACAGCCAACUUUGAAUUUCCGCUGAUAACGAAGGCGGGACGUCGCGUAGAAAUCUUGCUGAAUGCCACUCCUCGAUACAAUGAACGCGGAGAGGUCAUGGGCAUGGUUGGUAUAGGUCAGGAUAUCACGGAGCGUAUCGCUCAGGAGCAAGAGUACAGCCGCUUGAUAGACACAGCCAACGCACCAAUUUUUGGUGUAGAUGUAAACGGCCGAGUAAAUAUUUGGAAUCGUAAGGCUGCUGACAUCAUGCAGUAUACGAAUGAGGAUGUGCUGGGCAAAGACUUGGUUGCUGAGUUCAUAUUAAACGAGUACAAAAUCCCCGUGCGUAGUGUUCUCGAAAAGGCAUUUGAGGGCUUUGAGACUGCAAAUUUUGAAUUUCCGUUAAUCACCAAGGCGGGAAGGCGUGUAGAGAUUCUAUUGAAUGCGACACCACGCUACAAUGAGCGUGGAGAAGUCAUGGGGAUGGUCGGUAUUGGUCAGGAUAUAACGGAGCGCAUCGCCCAAGAGCAAGAGUAUACGCGUUUGAUUGAUUCAGCAAAUGCCCCUAUCUUUGGAGUGGAUGCCAAUAUGUGCAUUAAUAUAUUCAAUCGCAAAGCCCAGCAGAUCACAAAUUUUACGUAUGAUGAAGUUGUAGGAAAGAAGUAUGUGGAGACAUUUAUUUCUCCUGAGCACCAAGGAAUUGUGCAUGAAAUAAUGUCAAGGGCUCUCAAAGGCAACGAAACAGCCAGUUUUGAGAUCUCACUAAUUACCAAAACAAACCGGGCAGUAAACAUUUUAUUGAACGCUACGGCUCGAUUUGACCAGCACGGACAGAUCGUUGGUGUUGUAGGAAUUGGUCAAGAUAUAACUGAUCGCAUUGCCCAGGAACAAGAAUACACGAGAUUAAUCGACUCAGCUAACGCCCCUAUAUUCGGUGUGGACAAGAGAAAGGAUAUGUAUUACAGUACAAAGAUGGACAUAGAACUUUACACGACACCGGCAGUGGACGAGAUGGAACAGACGUGA